GAAACUAAAACUUAAAGAAGAAAAUAUUCUCAUCAUUCAUUGGCAAUCACUGCUGAUUCUUUUCAAAAUCUCUUUUUUCUUUUAUGAAUAAACGGAAAAAUUGUUAUCAUUAUCAGCCAAGUCCGUUAGAACAUAUAGCAAAUAUUAUCACACAUGCUUUGCCAGUCAUACCUAGCUUCUAUUGUUUUAACAAUUUGAAAGAAUUAACUAAUCAAGAUCUAACAAAACAAGAUUUGACCAAACAAGAAUUAAUAUUCAUAUCCUUAUAUGGAAUGUGUAUGAUUCUCACCUUUAUAAUUUCCUCAUUAUUCCACUAUUUUUCAUAUUUGGGAAACAACGAAAAAUUGAGAUCAAUAUUUCACUUAUGUGAUCGCACAAUCAUUUACAUUUUCAUAGCAGCUUCAUAUACCCCCUGGCUAAGUAUACCAGGUAGUGACACAUUUACACAUUUAAUGAUAUGGAGUAUAUGGAUAGCAGCCUUAUCUGGUGUCGCCGCCCAAUUUGUUGUAAAUGAAAGGCUCUUACAUGACUAUGAAAUAAUUUUGUACCUCAUGAUAGGCGUCAUUCCAGCAGUUAUAAUAGCCUAUUAUCACACAGACCACCCAGGAUUAUCCCAAUUUGUCAAAGGGGGCCUGGCUUACGUAUCCGGUAUAUUUUUCUUUCGAUCCGAUGGCUCUAUCCCUUUCGCUCAUGCCAUAUGGCAUUUAUUCGUGAUAGCCGGGGUAACGUUUCAUUACCAAGCCAUUUGUCAAUUGCUCUUGGCUCAUCUUGGAAAAACUUUCUAAUUUUUUUUUCCCCAGGGAUUCGAUAUUUAAUUUUUUUUUUAAAAAUAGUUCAAAAUCUUAGUAGAAACUUGCCAAAAAAAAUGUAUCCUAAAAAUUAUUUAUAAAUUAUUUAAAUAAAUUUUAUAUAAAAAUUUAUAAAAAAAAUUAUCUCAAUGUCAAAAUUUUUAAAUAUUGAUUCAGUUUAAUAUCUCGGGAAAAAUUAUCCAUAUAUUAUAUUUGUUAUUUAUGCAUGACGCUACUUUCAUUUUUUUUUCCUUCCCUCGUGCUUUACUAAAAAAUAAAUUGCUGAAUCCUUUUAUUUACCGCAAGAUUUGAAUGACUCAAAAUUUUUCAUUUUCUCCAAAUCAAACAAAAUUAGCCUUUUUUUACAUGGAUUGCAAAAACUAUAUUGGAAUUUUUUUUUUAAAAGCAGGAAAGUUUGCUAGAUAUAUAUAGGCCAUCGUCUAGGAAUAUAACUAUUGUUUUUAUAUAAUCCCUACCGCAAUUUUUUUUAAUGAUCGAAUUAUUAUAGUAUUAUGAUAAAUAAUCAACGUUAAUUUAUGAAGACACUUAAAAUAUAAUGAAUGUGUAAUUUGAAUGUACAUUUUGGUAAUUGAAUUUUAUUAGGAUCUUUUAUUAUUUCUAUAAUAAAUUUAAUAUUAUAUAAAAAUAGAAGCUAUUAUGUAGCGAUUGUGAUAAUCAUUUUUUACAAUUAGAACCUGCAAUGUAUGCGUUAAUUUUUUCUAACAAUUAUAUAGUCAUUCAAUUAUAAAAUAUAGAUUUUUAUUAUAUAUACCACGAUAUUACACAAUUCGAUUAAAAUGUGUAAAACAGCUCAAAAUAUCUCCUAAACGACACAUUAAGAUAUCGCUUUAUAUAAUAUAUUAUUUUCUCAUAUUUAUUUCAAUCAAUUCGUUUUCUUAUUAUUUACUUUUUAAUGUUAGGAAAUUAUUACUAUCAAUGAAAUUAUAAUCUUUUAUAAUGAUAAUUUUUAAAGUUUUUCAAAGAAUUUUCUGUUAUCUUCAAUUCUUAUUAUUUAUUCUUCAAUAAUGUUCCUAUAUUUUUUUCUAAUUAUUUUUUAUUUGUCUAUGAAUUAUGCAGAAUUCGAAUAAAAAUUUAAUGAUUUA